AGGAGGCUCUCAAGCCUCGCUCCCCUCCUCCAGGCCCCUUCCGGUCAGGCUCCUCCAGCUCUUGGGAGGGAGGGCCGGGCUCCUAGUAUUUGCCGGGCCCCAGAAUGGAAUGGAGUCUGGGUGGUUACUUUCUUACGCGGGUGGGAUGCGGGGAAGCCCUGGGGCGGAGGGGGAGGGAGGGAGGAGGUGGAGCGGUAUAGCAAGUUUAUUGUUUCCUUUCACCUUCCCCGCCCCUCCUCCUCCUUCUCUUCCUCCUCCUCCUCCUCUACUCCCUCCGCGUCAAUGGAAAAAAAAAAACUGCGCGCGCUGGGCCCCGGCUAUUUAUAGCUGCCGCCGCCGCCGUGCUCACGUCACGGAGCCUCGCGCCGCUGACGGGCCGCUGACGCUCUUGGCUGGCGAGGCUGUAGCCGCUGCGGGGCUGCGCGUUGGGCGGCGGCGGCUACAAUGGGGCUUCUGUCUAAGAGAGAAGGGGAAUCCCGGCCUACUUCCUUUUCCGGAUGGGGGCGACCUCUUUGUGCGAACCAGGGAGCGUGACCCGCACAUCUGGCGCACAUCUGGGGAUGCGGCUGCGAGAGGGAGCGCGGCGGCGGCGGCGGCGGCGGCAGCGGCGGAGGAAGAGGAGACGACCGAGCAUCGGGGCGGGUGGGAGGCCCUGGCAGUACAAUUUCGUCAGUAGUCUACUGCACAGCUGGAUUUCCGUUGGGUGCAGAUGUUGCUAAUGGCAGCUUAAGCACGGAUGGGCAGAUAACAUACGGAAUGCAACAUGUUGCCAUAUGGUCCCUUUAGCCUUUCACCUCCAAGAGUAUCAAUCAGAUAUAUUCUAGGAGAAAUGUAAUGACUCUCUGAGAGGCAAGAUGAAUUGCUUGGUACGAUUUAUAUCUCUUGACCUGAUACUUUAUAACAACAGGACUAUAGGAUCUCAUUUUUUUUUAGUGUAAAUUGACUAAAAAUAUUGUAACAUCUAUUUAGAUUUGAAGAUCUUAACAGCUGUUAGAUCAUUCUGGCUGUGAAAUAUGUCCUGGCGACCCCUCCCUUUUCCAGCACCACACUCACCAACACCUGGGGAUGAUGCAAACUUCACUAAAACUCUUAACUCAGAAACUUCCAAUGAAACCAUUAAAUACUGUACAGAGGUGCACUGAAAAACAGGAACACAGAUUUCCAGCAGCUCCGAUAUAAUUGUACAGAGUAAGAUACUUGACAUUGUGAGGACCAAAGGGAAAGAAAGGACCAUAGGAACAGCAUACUUCUGAGUUCAAAGUUAAAGUUACACUAAUAAAAAUGUUAUCUCGGGGUACUUUAAAAUCAUCCCUUAAAUAUGUAAUUUAGCUCUUCCUUAUAGUUUAGUUUUUUUAAAAAUGACUUAAGUAUGCAUGAUAAAAUCUUUUUGUUUUUAGAAGUUAAAAUUGUUAAAAAGUAAUCAUCAUAGAAAUAUGUAUUCAUAGUAUUUUCAGAUUAUAAAGUUAUUUUAAAAACAUGCCCUCAUGUGAAAUACCUGUAACUAACAGUAACUUCAAACCAUGUCUUAUGUUGGUGGUUUGUUUUUCCCCAGUAUCUGUGACAGCUUAUUGAGGUCACUUCUCCAGACUCUAAUGGAAUGAUUCUGUAAUACUUCGCAGGAAUUAUUUAUAAAUAUUCCAAAGACCUAGUGUAAUAGUUGAACUCAUCACCAUUAAGUUCAAAAGAUGUAAUACAAAGGAUCAUUCCUCACUUUUCCUUUAACAGUGAAGAUUGACCUUAAUUGAAGAAAAUAAUAGUUUAAUAGUAAAAAAAUUACACAUAAUUUAUAUUUUUUCAUGUAUCAGUAUUUUUGUUUGUUUCUUGUGGGAAAGUGUUCAUUGGUCAGAGAUGCAAUUUUUUCCCUUAAAUUCUAUCAUCAGCAUUAAACUUAAUGAGUUUAUGUGGACUAUUAGAAUGUUAUAUUCUAAAACAUGGUACCAAAGUGACCCAAAAAUAAUUGCAUAUGGAGUGUCUCAGAAAAUGUCAAUAUUUAACAUUGAAAGUUUUUGAUGAUAUAAAAAGUUGUUUUUAUCUUUUUUCAUGUAACCCAAAAUUUAAUAUGCUACAACUCCAAUUAAUUUUCAAAUUUAGAAUAUAAGGGCCUUGUAUGGAAGCAUGUGAAAGGAAAAUUAAAAUGAAUAAAAAUUGAAAUAAAUCACAAUCAAUGCAACUUUUUAGGAAAAGAAAUGAAAGGGCUAAAAUCCCCUUUCAAUAUUGCAUUGUCCCAAGAUGGUGGAAUUAAUUUUUUUUACUUAGUAGUGAGCAUAGCAAAAUAAUCUUUUUUCAAUGACAUAUUAGUAAUGAUUCCAUCUCUCUGAUUUCUAAGUAGGUAGCAAGUGUUAGAAUUAUUUUGCUUUAAUCAAUUACAUAAAACUUCUAAAACUGUUAUAAAAAUAUAUUGAAAGUCUUUGUUAAGCCCUGUUUUUUUAUUAAUGUACAAUUCCAUUCAAAAUGCAGGGAGAGAAUCCUUCCUGCUGUGUGCUUCACUUCAAAAUUCAGGUCUAUCUGUAAAUAACAAUCCAAACCCAGCUGCAAACCUGUUUGCUUUUUCUCUAGUUACAUACAACAUUGCAUAAAUUUCAUGAAUAAUUUCAGGUCUUUGGUAGAAGGUGUAAAGCUUUCUACAGAGAUAAGCUGACUAUGUAUGUGUGUGACACAUAAUACACAUACAUACAAUACUCAGUGCUAAUCACAAUUAGGCAGCAAAUUCCUUGUUUUUGUUUUUUUUAAAAUAAAGAUCAUAAUUCCUAUUUGUUUUAAAUAAAGUAUUCGUCUGCCCCCAGUAGAGGAAAAGAACUGAAAUUAUUCUCUGUCAUGUCAUCUGGGAGGAAAUCACAUUCUAUCUGUAGUAGCUUUUAUUCCACAUCCUUCCUGGAGCGAAACUCCUCCCAUACUGGUUUCUGAAAAUCAGUUUGGAUACUGGGGCUUUUUUGAACAUUGAUUUAUGAUAGUCAGUAAGUGUAUUAUCUAUAUUUGUAGAUUGUCCUUUUCUGCUGUCUUGCAGGCGGUAAAAAAAAAAUUAAAUUUUUUUUAAUAAAGAUCUGGAAGGUUUACUUCGUCUGGAAGGCAGGAAGAUCUGAAAGAAUUGUAGCACAAUUUGGAUUUCUCAUCCUGUAAUUCAUUAUUUUAAUUGCAAUGCAGGCACAGCUGCUUGCCUCUUUUGUCCCACCCUAGUAUGUAUGUAUGUCUGUAUCUAUCUAUCUAUCUAUCUAUCUAUCUAUCUAUCUAUCUAUCUAUCUAUCUAUCUAUCUAUCUAUCUAUCUAUCUCAUAUAUAGUAUAUCUUAUCUGUAUACCUACACAUAUUGUCUGUAGCAUAAACCUGAUUCAUGCUUGUGAUCUAAUAAGUGGCAUGCUAUUGACAUAGACAGAAGGCCUCUGUUGAAACUAUUUUAAUUUUCAUGGGGUUGGAAAGGAUGUCCAUGAGGGUAGUAGAAUGAUAGUUACACUAAUCUUCCUUUUUUCUUCUUUUCUGAGCUUGAGCUAGCCUAUCAUUGUGUGAAUAGCUGAAAAACUUAUUCCUCAUUUUUACAGCAUCUGAUUUUAUUUGUAAAGAAUAAGAACCACUGUUAAUCUACAAAUAUUUCACCUGUCAAGCAGUAAGCUGCUCUGCUAUUUGCAAUUUUCUGUUUAUCUUGUUAGCAUGAUUACCAUAUAAAAAAUCACAUAAAAAUUCUACCUUGCUUUUAUAUACUUUAACUUAAGAUUGACAGUGACUUGUUUAAUUAAACAUGUACUUUCUUUUGGUGUUCCUGUAUUUAGAAAUUGAAAUAUAGUAUUUCACUACCUUUAUAAGAUUGUGUUUGCAUUUAUUUAAUUUAGAAUUCUUUUUAAAAGCAUGUAGCCUUGAAUGUUUGUUCUACAUUUUUUUUUCCACAUCAUUACUCUGGUACUGCUUGAUGUAACUUGAUUAGCUCCCUCCCCAGUCAUGAUUGGUAAUUAAAAUAGGCAUUAAAAUUAGUCACUUAGCAAUUUUGCUGUUCAAUUGGCAAUUAAAUUACUUAAUUGCAAUUAAAGUCCUAAUUUUAAUUGGCAAAAUGAUAGAUGUAGAUUUAAGAUAAUAUGUAUAAAUACUUUAAUAAGUGUCUAUAUAAGGAUUACUUAAUUACUCAACUUCAAAUUUAUGCUGUUAACUUUAGAACUUUUAAGUGAGCAAUGAAAUUUAUAUUGCAUCUAUUCAAAGGAUAUGGUAAUUAGAUUUAUUACUUAUCACUAUAAGGGUCUUUGCUAUAAGUUACUUUUGUAGCGUGAAAAUUAUAGGCUUCUUAAUCACAGAAUUAUGAUGAAGGGAAGUAUAUAUCUCUAUAUACCUAUAGAGAUAUAUACCCUUGUCAGAGAUAUCUAUAUCUAUAUAUGACUUUGUCUUCGUAACAGUACUUUGUCACAUUUUUAUGUUAAAUUGAGGAAUUUUCCUCCUAAACAGGUCGUAGAAGGAGACUUUAGAAAGUGAUUGUGUUUAUUUCACCUUUCUGGAGGAAUGCUGUAUAGUACAACAGAAUUGUAAACAUCAUUAGUUACUUCCAGAAUUCCAAGUCACCCUGAAGUAAUUUUGGCAUAUAGUGGCUCAUUUGCAAGAGCAUUAUAUAACUUUUUAAAAAAGUCCCUGUUUUAAUGAGACAAUUGUUUACUGAAUAUUAACAAAAAAACCUGAAACCAAGGUCACUAUUCUUUGGGUUAAAAGAUUUUCUAAAUUUGAAAGUGUUAAACUGUUCAAUUAAAUUUUACUUUGUCUCUG